ACAGUAGCAGUAUAUAAAGAACGAACAAACACAAUUCAGUCUCUCUCGUGACUGUCUCCAUAUAAAAGUACGGGUCAUAUUAACUGGACAAAGCAUUCUCGGUCAGUCCGCCGACAAUAUCAAACGCUACACGAAGAAUUCCAUGCUUGACUUGAGACGCGUUAAAGACAAUUGAUAAAUAUUCAAAACUAAAACCGGAAAGAAACAAGUAGUUGAGCAAGAAAAAACUUCAGGAGGGGAAAACCAGUAAAGAAACAAGAAAAAUAAGUGGCGAAAGACGCGCGGCGUCUUGGGAAGUUCUCAAGUCAGUGGUCCCACCACAUCGAGGAAACAAAAAGCGAAAUAUACAUAUAUACAAAGUGAAAGGGGAGACCUAUACUAAAGAAUUUCGACAGUCGUUGGCAUAGCGUGAAGUAACGUUGCAGUGUGCUCGUCGUUGGAGUUCGGUGUCAAAACGUAGAAGAUAAAUAACGAACUUUUUUGCUAACGAGACAACAAAUACAGAGCUGUUUCAAACAUCUGAAGAUGGGCACUUUACAACAACAAUCAAUCUUAAAAGGUCGGCAGACUGAGGAAGAUGGGAAGAAAGAUUUAGUGCACGAAUUGUUCAGCCGUGCAGCGGCGGUUCAUUUGAAUCAAACCGCAAUAUAUUACGAAGAUGACGCAGACCAGACGCACGUGUUGUCUUACAAAGAGCUGGACAGCCUUACCAAUCAGUUGGCACGAGUUCUACAAAGGUACGAAAACAAUGUAGAUUCUCAAUCACUUGUGGCCGUUUGUAUGAAACCGUCUCAUCGUCUUCCAACCGCAUUGCUUGCCACACUGAAAGCAGGCAUGGCUUAUUUACCUCUGGACGCGGAAUUUCCGAUGUCUAGAAUGAAGCACAUUCUCGAAGAAGCGCAGCCGUUAAUAGUAUUGGUCGAGGAAGAAGCGGAUUUAUCAAUUUACGAGGGAUCGCUAGUCGUGACGUACGAACAACUUUUGAACGAAGCCAAACAGGAAAAAGAAGACGCAUUAACCAUUAAGAAAAUCACCAAUCAACUUGCUAUUGUUCUUUACACUUCCGGAAGUACGGGCGUUCCCAAAGGUGUGCUUAUACCGCAUGCUACUGUACUGAAUCGCUUGCAAUGGCAAUGGAGAGAACUUCCGUACGCCGAUGACGAGGAGAAGUGCGUCUUCAAAACCUCUCUCACAUUUGUGGACAGUGUUCCGGAAGUGUGGGGACCGCUUUUGCAGGGCCGUACCUUAGUGGUCGUGCCAAAGAGCGUGACGAAAGAUCCGGAGAGAUUCGUGCUGAUGUUGGAAAAACAUCAGAUACAACGCUUAGUCCUUGUGCCAUCGUUGCUGCAUUCAUUACUCAUGUAUCUAGAUCUGCAACAUAACAGCAACGCCCUAAGCCGCUUGAAGUUCUGGAUUUGUUCCGGCGAAACCUUGCCGAUCAAGUUGGCCGAUCAAUUUUUUGCUCGGUUCAGCAACGAGGACAAGAUAUUAGCUAAUUUCUAUGGCAGCACGGAAGUUAUGGGUGACGUCACGUACCACCUUCUAAGUAAUCAAGCGCAAUUGCAAGGAUUAGAAAAAGUACCAAUCGGAAAGCCAAUUGACAACUGCAUAAUUUAUCUUGUGAACACGGACAUGCGAUUAGUGCCCCAGGGAGAAGUCGGAGAAUUGAUCGUAGCGGGAAGAAACCUUGCCGCGGGUUAUAUACGGGGACGAGACUCACAUAAAUUUUUGGUCAAUCCGCACGCCAUCGAUCCAGAUUAUUUGAGGAUAUUUCGUACCGGUGACUACGCUAAAAUAGUCAAGGGCUUUGUAAUUUACGAGGGACGAGUGGAUUCGCAGAUCAAAGUCAGAGGUCACCGUGUCGAUCUCACGGAAGUCGAGAAGAUAAUCGCCCGUAUACCUGACGUCGAAAAAGUUGUCGUUCUUUGUCACAAACCCGGCGAACUGUCGCAGGCACUGGUAGCUUUCGUCACCACGACGAGCAAUAAAUCGGAGAUCGAGACUUUUCUUCAAAAAACGGCACCGCCGUACAUGUUGCCGCAAAUCGUUAUCGUUGAUCGCAUACCUCUUUUAACUAACGGAAAAACGGAUCGGCAGACACUGCUACAGCAAUACGAGUUAUCGUUAACUAAUGACGAAAACAACGUUACCACAAAUUGCGAUUACAGCGGCGUGUUGAGUCAGGAUCUCGCGAAAGCGCGCGUUCUCUUUCCGACGAUCGCGUCUGUAAUCGGACGUAAUAGCCGCGCUCAGGUGACGCUGCUCGCGAAUUUCUACGAACUCGGAGGAAAUUCCUUGAAUUCAGUUUACACCGUAACCAAAUUGAGAGAUCAGAAUUAUCAGAUCGGGAUCACGGAUUUUAUUACGGCAAAAAAUUUGGCCGAGGUGCUGGACCGCAUGAAGCUCAUAUCUUCCGACGAGGAGCCUCUGAAAGAGACGCUCGACGAUCAAUCGUACGUCUUUGAAUUAUUGAACGAUUGUCACAAGGAAGACGCGAUCCAGAUAAUCACAGAGAGCUUUUAUUCAAAAGCCGAUUUAGAGCAGUGGUUGAUGCCGGACAUAACCAGAGCCGAUUAUCGAGAACUGAUGGAGGUCAUGUGGAAUCCUCUCGUGGAGGCUGGUCUGAGUUUUGUGAUGAAGUCGGCGGAAACCGGCAAAACGAUCGGAGUUUGUCUCAACUUUGAUCUAUGGGACGAGCCCGAACUGAUACUGAACUCCAAGUUAACGAUCGUUUUCGACUUUCUCGAGUACCUAGAGGGGCCGAUCAGAGAUUACAAAUUGCCGAAGGGCAAGGGACAGAUUAUUCACAAUUCAAUGAUGGCGACGAGCGCCGACUUGAAUCCUGCGGAAAAUGUACUCACGAUGAGACAGAUGGAAGAGUACUGCCUGCAGCUCACCAAGCAAAAGAAAUACGUCGGUAUCUUCACCACGAACACCAGUCCUCUCACACAGCAACUCGGUACGGACGUGUACGGUUACGAAACCAUGCUGGUGUAUCAAGUUAACAGAUACGAGACACCCAGCGGGAGCAAACCUUUCGGCAAAGCACCCGAUGAUCAAGUGGCAAUUUGCUCGUUGAAGAUGAUAGACUAAAACGAUUUCGCAUAUUCAGUAGUAACUGUUAUCGAAUAGAAACAUCAAUCGCUGUCAUUUAUCAAUGCGUUUCGUGAUGAGCCAUCUCAUAUGUUUAUAAAGACCAGAUUUUCAACAUA